CCCUCAACCACUUCCUCCACCCCCUUCUCUCUCUACAAAUACUCUCUCUGUCACUGUGAUUUCACUGAUAUGGACUUUGGAUCAAGGCACCUCUAGAAGGAGAGAAUCUUUCUGCUGCUAUUGUGUUAAACUUUUCUGUGUUUUUUCUUUUUUUUCUUGGAAUUUUUUUUUUUUGAAAUUCUUUUAAAGUCCAUGAAGAAAUGCAGAAAAGCACAAGACAGCAUGUAUAUCAGCACAAUUAUUACUAUUUUGAAGUUUGUUCUCUCUUAAAAGUAGCUUUACUAUAGACUGGUUUUUUGAGCUGGGUCAUGGCUGAAAAAUAAGCACAUCCACCCUAGGCCAAAAGUGGUGUUGUGUGGUUUUGUUGUAGGUCCAGUGCUGCAGUUGUUUAAUUUGUUUGUUGGGGUUGAGGAGCUAUCUUCAAAAUAAGAGAGGAUAUUGAGGUGUUUUUGGGGUUAAAAGGGUGAGUGAGUGGGGGAACCCACUUCUUUCAGCCAUUAAAGGCGUAUUCUUUCUUGGUUAUUUGACAGGAGAUUGUUUGAUUUUGUUGAAAAUUCAUGUACCCAUUUAUGAAAUUGGAACAAAGAUGAUAGUUUUUUUUCCUCUUUUCUUUUGCGGGUUCAUUAAAGUGAAUGUUCUGGUUCUGUACAGAGAAGGAAAUUAUUUACCACUGGGAGUGUGGUGUAUGGCUGGUUAGCUUAAAACCCAGUUCCAGUGCUUCUGAUAAUGAGCAGCAGAAGCUUCUUUUUCCCUUCUUAUCUCUGUUUGUUUUAGCUCCAAAACUAUCCACAGAUUCCCUUCUGAGUGUGGUUCUUUUAUUACUCUGCUGCGAGAUCAAGCUGGUUUUAGAGUGAUGGUUGGUUGGUUCAAAAGCCAGAAGCAGUCGGUCCAAAAGACACCCAUCUGGGUUACUUUUUUCUGGGAUACAAAAUCAGGAAUUCAACCUAAACACCUGCCUUGAUUGAUACUUGGGUAGCAUUUUUCCACCAAAAAGGGAACUGGGUUUUGUUAUCUAUUUUUAGGGAGAAGCAUCAUCUGCAGAGCAAGAAUCCAUUUUGUAAAAUACUUGUAUCUGAUGGUUUUGGCGGUCUGAUUGAGUGGUGGGAUUUUACCUUUUUUUCUCUUUCAUUUUUAGUUGUGAGAAAAAUAAGUCAACUUCAAAGCAAUAUAGACCAUGGAUACUGAACCCCAAAAUCAAGGAGUACCAGAGAACCUAAGGAACCAGCUUGCCCUUGCUGUUAGAAACAUUCAAUGGAGCUAUGCGAUCUUCUGGUCAAUUUCAACUAGACAACCAGGGGCACUGGAAUGGGGAGAUGGGUACUACAAUGGAGACAUCAAAACAAGAAAAACCGUUCAAGCUGUGGAGUUCAAUGCCGACCAAAUGGGGUUGCAGAGAAGUGAGCAAUUGAGAGAACUCUACGAGUCCCUUUCAAUAGGUGAAUCCAACCCACAACCCAGAAGGCAUUCUGCAGCAUUAUCACCUGAAGACCUCACAGAUGCAGAGUGGUAUUACUUGGUUUGCAUGUCCUUCGUGUUCGAUAUAGGCCAAGGAUUGCCCGGAAGAACAUUGGCUAGUGGCCAGCCUAUCUGGCUAUGCAAUGCUCCUAAUGCAGAGAGCAAAGUGUUCAGCCGCUCUCUGCUGGCAAAGAGUGCAUCUAUCCAGACUGUGGUAUGCUUUCCAUAUUUAGGAGGUGUGAUAGAGCUGGGUGCGACUGAAAUGGUUUUGGAGGACCCGAGUCUCAUCCAACACAUCAAAACUUCUUUUCUGGAGAUUCCAUACCCCAUGCUGUCCAGGAUGUCUAAUUCCAGAAAGAUAAGAGAAGACAAAGACCCUGCUUCUGCAGAGCUUGAUCAUAAUUUUCUUGACACCAACCUUAAUCCAGCAGUUUUAGAAGUAUGUUCUCCAAAUAACAGCUCAGAUGGGUUUGAGCUGAAUCAAUUGGGAGAGGAAUCGAUUAUGGUUGACUGCUUAAAUGGUGGGGGAGCUUCUCAGGUACAAAGCUGGCAACUCUUGGAGGAUGAAUUCAGUAACUGUGUCCAUAACUCAAUGAACUCUAGUGACUGCAUAUCUCAGACCAUCAUGAAUCCUGAAAAGGUUGUUCCUAUUCCAAAGGGUGAAAAGGUUAAUGAUCAUUGCCUGGUAGACCUUCAGGAAUGCAAUAACACCAAAUUAACCUCAUUGGAUCUUCGGGAUGAUCUUCAUUAUCAGUGUAUUCUUUCAUCCCUUUUGAGCUCCAACCAGUUGAUUUUGGGACCAUGCUUUCGAAAUUCCAAAAAGGAGUCAAGCUUCGUUAGUUGGAAGAAAAGAGGAUUGAUGGGUACUCAGAAGCUGAACACUGGAACCCAACAAAAAUUAUUGAAGAAGGUGCUGUUUGAAGUUGCUCAAAUGCAUGGUGGUUGCUUAAUGAGCUCCCGGGAUAAUAAUGGAGAUAACGAUGAAAUUUGGAGACCGGAGGCUGACGAAAUCACUCUGAACCAUGUGUUGUCCGAGAGGAAACGGAGGGGAAAAAUAAAUGAAAGGUUCUCGGUUCUCAGAUCACUUGUUCCUUCUAUUAACCAGGUCAACAAAGUGUCUGUACUUGAUGACACCAUAGAAUACCUGAAAGAGCUCAAAAGAAGAGUUGAAGAGUUGGAAUCUAGCAAGGAGUCAACAGAAAUAGAGGCAAGAACAAGCAGGAGAACCCCAGAUACUGCAGAGAGGACAUCUGAUAACUAUGGCAACGACAGAGUUGGAAAUGGCAAGAAACCUUUGUUGAACAAGAGGAAGGCAUGUGACAUUGAUGAAAUGGAGCCUGAUUCCAACCGGGUUUUACUGAAAGAUGAUUCAGCUGAAAAUAUAACAGUCAGUAUGAACGAGAAGGAUAUUCUAAUCGAACUGAGGUGUCCAUGGAGAGAGUGCUUGUUGCUUGAGAUCAUGGAUGCUGUAAGCAAUCUCCAUUUAGAUUCUCAGUCAGUUCAGUCAGCCAGCGUUGAUGGAAUUCUUUCUCUGACCAUUAAAUCAAAGUUUAAGGGAUCAUCAUUUGCAUCAGCAGAAACAAUCAGACAAGCACUUCAGAGAGUUGUCCCAAAGUGUUGAACCUCAAUUUCUAGGUGGUAAUUGUAAUGUUCUUUGAGUUUCUAGAAUCUUUUGCUUCAGUUACUAUAAAAUUGUGUUGUUGAAAAGCUCUGUAGAUCUUUGAUCAUCAUAAUCACAAGCUCUAGUUGAUAAAUCUACAGGUAGAAUAGUCUAAUGAAGUCGAAGAAACCUAUUUUCCGGGUUUUGUAUUCUUUUUCCCAUGAUCUAGGAUAUCCUUCUGAAGCUAUAAUAGAGGUUAA